GCUCUCCUGGCCACACCCUCCGCUUGGGCGCAGCUGCGGCAGCUGCCCACUGUCCACGAGGCUGUCGGCUCAGACCCCCAGCUCGGAUGAAAGUAUGUCGCCCUCUGGUUGCCUGUAUCUCCUCACCAUUGUUGGUCUGAUUCUCCCUACCAGAGGACAGACAUUGGAGGAGGCCACAUCCAAUCCUCUAGCAGACUCAACCACUGUGAACGUCCAUGCCCUGAUUCAAACCCCAGAUGCAGUUCGCCCAGAACUCCAGACUUCAACCCUGCAGGCUAGUGUGGAAGUAACAGCAGCUCAGACGGAGACCCAGACACAGCACCUGACGGGAGUGAAUAUGUUUCUAACCCCAGCUCCGGGGAUGGAAGCCACUCACCCUGCUGACCCCACUAAAGGCACCACACUCUCCAAGCAGCUUCCAGACCAGGACUUCACGACAGCCCCUGCCCUCAGAACAACUGGUUCAAGUGAGGAUGACCCCUUCUCCUAUGAUGAGGCCACUCUCCGGAAACGGGGGCUGUUGGUUGCAGCUGUGCUGUUCAUCACAGGCAUUGUCAUCCUCACCAGUGGCAAGUGUAGGCAGUUGCCCCGAUUAUGCAGGAAUCAUAACAGGUGAGCCCAUCAGAAGUGGAGGCAGAUGACCUGAUGGGCACUAGAGACCGAGCCGCCGCCACCUCACCAAGCCCACCUCCUCCCUUCCCUCUCAGAGCCUACAGAAUACUCACUAAAGCCCGGCCUGAGAGGGAAGACACAGGUGGAGCCAAAGCCGGGACUGAUGGCCUGAGCCCCCCACCUUCCCAAGCCUGCCCACCUUGAAGACUGCAUAGCUCCCCAGGC